CGCUGGGGUUCCUGCGGCUUCUGGGUUGAACUCCGCUACUGCAAUAAAACAGAUCUUGUCCGCUCAUCUGACGCGCAACACAGGUUUGUCUACCUUGCAUAUUGUUGUACAUUUUUUUGAUGAUAUCUAGCUAGUAGCUGUCACACUUUACAAUAGAUAACCACUCAACUAGCGGGAGAUCAAUGUAUAGCUUGCUUAGGACUGUGUUUAUUUUAGCAGCAAAAUUGCACUGGCUGCAAGUAACAAUCAUUGGAAACAACAUGCCCUUGUUGCUAGCUAAGUUAAUUGUAAUUUCUCACACGAGGCCUCAAACACCUCGUACAUCCGAUAGCCUGGUUAUUGCAGGCUACGCAUGAUUACUAGCUAUGUUAUAAAAUACAUGCAAUAUUCAUCAGCUAAUCUGAAAAAUCAGAACAGUAAUUUUGUGGCUUGCAAGGCUGUUGCUAAAUGGACCGGUGACGUCGCGAAGGCAGCUACUGUAGCGAGCUGUUACUAGCCAGAUUAGCUAGCUAAACUAGUAGGGUUAAUUAUACAAAUCUUUGUUAGUAGCUAAGCAGAUGACGUUACCAUUGAGAAAAUGUCAUGUUUUUCGUUUGUAUUCAUUACAGGUCAUCGACUAGUUUUGAAUGAUUGGAGCACCGAUAUUUGGCAAAUAGAUGCUGAUGUUGUUGUGCUAAGCAGCUAGCUAGCUGUUAGCAAUGUUCGCAAGCUUGCUCGCUCAGCUGAGCUAUAGCAGAGGAAGAGGCGAAGGUAUAGCUAUGCAAUGGUAGACUAGCUAGCUUGCUGACAACAUUUGACAGCAAGCUGACUGAGCCUUGCGGUUUUGAGGCGUCGCUCAAGCUUGGUCGAAAUAUGCUUUGAAGAUGCUAAGCUGCUAGCUAAUGGCAUAGCCAAAGAUACUACAGUAGCUAACAAUGUUUGAAAGGUUUAAAAACUCUCUGCCAUAGUUACAUUUUAAUAUUAUUUAGUAACUGGGGUUAUUAUUAGCUAACGUUAGUUGGCUAGCCCAUAUGUAACUCUGUGUUGGUUUUAUCGCACUGCUUUGGUUUAUCUUGGCCAGGUCGCAGUUGUAAAUGAGAACUUGUUCUCAACUGGCUUACCUGGUUAAAUAAAUAAAUAAAUAAAAAGGAUAACUAACGCUAGACGAAACCUGCUCUGGUCAAAGCUUGAGCUUUAAGUGAGCUAAGCUGUAUGCAUUAAAUUGUGAAAGAAAAUGUAUUUACUAAAGGAUGAUCAAGGCAAACUGAAUUCUUGUUGAAUAUAUAUUUUCACCGUUUGUAAAAAAUAAAACUUUUCAGUUGCAGUGUCAUCUUUCAUCAGGCCAUUCUUUAAUGCCAUUCUCUACUCAUCAGCUCUAGCUAAUUAGCCUACCUGAUGAUACGAUUCAAUUUGGUGAUUUUUCAGGGUUACAAUUGUCAUCGCACACACUCCGAUAAAUGGUAUGCAGUGCACUGCCACAGCAUAUUGUAUGUUGUACUUAACUAUAGCAUAAAUCAUAUUGGCAUGACUUAGGUGGCUCACUUGUUUACCUUGCUAGAUACUGCAAGUCGCUUCACAGUCCUUCCCUUAGAUUUGACCUGGAGAGGGAAAUGUUGUCUUGCGUUUCCUCCUCCACUUGUCUAUAGUUCUGUAUUUUGGUUUCUUGAAAUGGAUGCUGUUAUCAGGCUGUCCUGCAACUUUACAUGGAGAUUGUGCUGCAACAAUGUCUAUUUAAACUGUACUUGUCCGUUACAUUUGACAACAUGGUAAUGAUGUGCGUUUUUCACUAAGAUGGACCAGCAGGCCCAGUCCUAUAUGCUUGCCAGUCUGACGCGGCCCCACUCUGAGCAGCUGCUGCAAGGUCUCCAGCUGUUGCGGCAGGACCAUGAGCUGUGCGACAUUGUGCUGCGUGUGGGUGAUGCCAAGAUCCAUGCCCACAAAGUGGUGCUGGCGAGCAUCAGCCCCUACUUCAAGGCCAUGUUCACGGGCAACCUGUCAGAGAAGGAGACCUCUGAGGUGGAGUUCCAGUGCAUUGACGAGGCUGCGCUACAGGUAAUGGUAAUUUAACCUCACUGUCAGCAUUUGGAAGAUUUGACUGUGUUUCCUAAAAGCACACCUUGUCCGGCUCUUUCAUAGCAUGAUUGUGUUUAACUUCUCCUCUUGUAGGCCAUCGUUGAGUAUGCCUACACUGGCACAGUAUUCAUCUCACAGGAAAGAGUGGAGUCCCUACUGCCAGCUGCUAACCUGCUCCAGGUCAAGCUGGUGCUGAAGGAAUGCUGCUCCUUCCUAGAGAGCCAGCUAGAUGCUGGGAACUGUAUAGGCAUCUCCCGCUUUGCUGAGACCUAUGGCUGCCAUGAUCUCUGCCUGGCCGCCACUAAAUUCAUCUGCCAGAAUUUUGAAGAGGUGUGCCAGACAGAGGAGUUUUUUGAGCUGACACGGGCAGAGUUGGAUGAAAUAGUGUCAAACGACUGUCUGAAGGUGGUAACAGAAGAGACUGUGUUCUACGCCCUGGAGUCGUGGAUCAAGUACGAUGUGACUGAGCGGCAGCAGUACCUGGCUCAGCUACUGCACUGCGUCCGCCUGCCUCUCCUCAGCGUUAAGUUCCUCACCCGCCUCUACGAGGCCAACCACCUUAUCCGGGAUGACCACGCCUGCAAGCACCUGCUCAACGAGGCCCUCAAAUACCAUUUCAUGCCUGAGCACCGGCUCUCCUACCAGACAGUGUUGUCCACACGGCCACGCUGUGCUCCCAAGGUGCUCCUUGCUGUGGGAGGCAAGGCUGGACUCUUUGCCACACUCGAGAGGUAAUGCUGAGCCCCAAACACAAUCAUUCAAAACUGUUUGGCAACAAUUUGGUAUUGUAAAUGCUUAAUGUGUUUCAUGUGAAUUAGAAAGAAAUGGAACAAAUGUAACUGUUCUUAUUUCUUUCUCUUGUAGCAUGGAAAUGUACUUCCCUCAGACGGAUUCAUGGAUUGGGCUUGCCCCUCUUAGUGUACCCCGCUAUGAGUUUGGAGUGGCAGUGUUGGACCAGAAGGUGUAUGUGGUGGGCGGCAUCGCCACGCACAUGCGACAGGGCAUUAGCUACCGGAGACAUGAGAGCACAGUGGAGAGCUGGGACCCUGACAGCAACACGUGGUCCACAGUGGAGCGCAUGGCGGAGUGUCGCAGCACAUUGGGGGUGGUGGUCCUGGCUGGGGAGCUCUAUGCCCUGGGGGGCUAUGAUGGCCAGUACUACCUACAGUCGGUAGAAAAAUAUGUCCCCAAGGUGAAGGAGUGGCAGCCUGUGGCACCCAUGACCAAGUCACGCAGCUGUUUUGCCACGGCUGUGCUGGAUGGCAUGGUGUAUGCCAUUGGUGGCUAUGGCCCCGCCCAUAUGAACAGGUACGUUUUCACUUAAUCUAGUCAAUCUGCGCUGAAAUUAUGGAUUUUCACAGGCCGUUUUGCUAAUGUGGUUCCAAUAGGCUUUUGAAAUACUAGGCCUACUUCAAAACCUGUCGUCAACCUUUUUGUUCCUACACAUGACAGUUUUCACAUCAAAGGUUAUUUAUGGUAGACCCCACAACCUUUGAGUGCUUUGAUCCAUCCAUUCAAAGAGUUUCAGCCCUCUUUUCAGCCCCCUGCUCUGUUACUAGCCUGCAGUGCAACCCAUAUUCUGUAGGAUCAAGAUUUGUGGUCUUCUACUCAGACGGAUAUACAGUGCCCUCUGUAAUUAUUGGGACAGUGAAGCAUUUUUUUCUACUUUUGGCUCUAUACUUUAACCUCAGUCAUUGUUUGAUUUCAAAUCCCAACUUUUAAAGUGCAGACUGUCAGCUUUAAUUUUAGGGUAUUUUCAUCCAUAUCCCUUUUAGAAAUUACAGCACUUUUUGUAGAUAGCCCCCCCCACCCCACCCCACACACAUUUUAGGGGAACAAAAUUAUUGGGACAAAUUCACUUGUGUAUUAAGAAGUAUUUGGUCCCAUAUUCUUAGCACGCAAUGACUACAUCAAGCUUGUGACUACAAAUUUGUUGGAUGCAUUUGCUGUUUGUUUUGGCUGUUUCAGAUUUAUUUUGUGCCCAAUUAGAAAUUAAUGGUGAAUAAUGUAUUGUCAUUUUGUAGUCAAUUUUAUUGUAAAUAAGAAUCAAAUAUGUUUCUAAACACUUCUACUUGAAUGUGGAUGCUAGCAUGAUUACGGAUAAUCCUGAAUGAAUAGAGUGAGUGAGAAAGUUAGACACAGAAAUAUCAUACCAUCAUAUUCUAUUCUUAUUUACAAUAAAAGUGACUCAAAUGAUACUACAUUAUUUAGCAUUAAUUUCUAUUGGGCACAAAAUUAUCUGCAACCAAAACAAACAGCAAAUGCAUCCAACAAAUUUGUAGAGUCACAAGCUUGAUGUAGUCAUUGCAUGCUAGGAAUAUGGGACCAAAUACUUUUUAAUACACAAGUGAAUUUGUCCCAAUACUUUUGCGCCCCUAAAAUGGGGGGACUAUGUACAAAAAGUGCUGUAAUUUCUGAAAUGUUGAUAGGAUAUUGAUGAAAAUCCCCUAAAAUUAAAGCUGACAGUCUGCACUUUAACCUCAUAGUCAUUGUUUGAUUUCAAAACCAAACUUUUAAAGUAUAGAACCAGAAGAAGAAGCAAUUCUUCACUGUCCCAAUAAUUAUGGCGGGCACGGUAGUUGCUUUCAUAGAAUAAGAGCUGGCUUUCUGGUUAGACCUCUGUUGUUGUCUUUGCUCACUAGAGGGAUGUGUUGUUGUUACCCAGUUUCCUUGACUCCCCAAACCCCUCAGGAGAAUGUGUUUGGACAGGGAAGCCCCCCCCCCCCCCCCCCAUGAGACCUGCAGGCACUUAGUUGCUCAAAAGUAAUUCCCAAAUUGGCAGUUUUCCGACAAUGUUGUCGAGGGUUUCAUCACUUUGAUAUCGCCUGCAAAAUAUAGGACUAGAAUAGAUGAUGGCCUCAUUUAAAUUGGGCUGCAUUGGGUUGUGAUGACAAUGCCAUAGCUAUAUAAUGUCUAAGAACAAAAAGGAGCAAUAGUGAAUUGUAUUUGCUUUGAUUCAGGGAAAGGUGACUCAGUCAUUUUAUAUGAUGGGCUAUAAGUAAGUAUUAGGCCUGCUACUGUACUAACCUGUUUAAAAAGACAGCAGUGAUAUUGUCAAAAUGCACAGUAUCACUAUAACUGUGCCACUUAACUGUGUUUAAUUGAUUAACUCUGUCUCUCUACUGUGCAGUGUGGAGCGGUACGACCCCAGCAAGGAUGCCUGGGAAAUGGUAGCCCCCAUGGCAGACAAACGGAUCAAUUUUGGCGUUGGUGUCAUGCUAGGGUUCAUAUUUGUGGUUGGGGGACACAACGGGGUAUCACACCUGUCCAGCAUUGAGAGGUAUGACCCACACCAGAACCAGUGGACAGCGUGUCGGCCCAUGAAUGAACCACGCACAGGUGAGUUGGGAAAUGACCACAACAAGGUUGAUUUUAUUUUGAUGCAGGGAAGUUGACCAUUCAUAUUGCAUGGCCAGAAAUAACAAUUUUAUAAUAUCUAUCUUCCCAGGGGUUGGCUCAGCGAUCGUGGACAACUACCUCUAUGUGGUGGGGGGUCACUCGGGAUCAUCCUACCUGAACGCUGUCCAGCGGUACGACCCCAUCACAGACAGCUGGCUGGACUCAAGCGGCAUGAUGUACUGCCGCUGUAACUUUGGCCUGACUGCUCUUUGACCCAUGCCACCCCUGGGUAGGACGCCUUAAGAAGACUUAGACAAAAGGCAUUUCUUUUUUUGUUUUGUUUCCCCCAUUCAUCGCCAACGGGCUGAGGAGGGCUCCACACUGCCGUGGAUCCCAGAGAGAGAGCUUGUUGCUGGAUGAAUGAGCCCGGCUGGCGCCAGGGAACCACAGAUGACCAGAGUGAAAGGGUCUGGGUGGAGGAGCGGUGCAGAUCACCAUGGGUCUUGUCACAGAGACCAGGAGAUGACCACUCUACUGCUGCUGGACCAUAAAGAGGACUUUUCAAAGAUGACUGUGGGUGAAAACUGUCACUUUUUUUCAUUGAAAACUUUUUGUUUUGUUUGUGUUCAUGCCAUUAUUUCUGUUUCACACUCUAUACAUUUUUUUAUUGUUGUUGCUAUGAGCAGAACAUGUUUCAAUUUUCUAGAUCCUUAAAGUUUGUGUGUGCGUGUGACGCAGAGUGUCUGUAUGCUUGUGAGUAGAUGCAUGUCAGAUUAAAUGAUUGAUUGUUCUUUUGUGUCUCUGUGUGCAGGACUAAAGCUCAGGCAAGGUGAUUGGCUCACACAGAGUUUGAAAUGUCUGCAUCUAAAUCAGUGCUUCACACAGAGAAAAAUCUGAAUAUUUAUAUUCACUUAAAGGGCUGCCUUUUUUUCUCUGUAAAUAGUUUAAAUUAAAAGAAAUGUAUAGAUAUGAAUAUAUCCUCUAGUGCAUUGCCUGUAAAUGUUUUUUGCACUGGGUUACUAGUUAUGGGAUGUGUGUGUGUACAUGUAUUUGAUUCAAGAAGAGGUUGUGAAGGAUAAACAAACCCCACUGAGUUCUCCUGAGAGUACUUGCCACCUGUCACAGUUUCAUCCUCGGAGCAAUUCGGAAAUCCCCAUGUUACGACUUCUAUUACAUCUUCCUGUGGUAGUCACACUUCAUCCCUCUUCAUAAGCAUUGAAAAGUUAUCCUGUCCCGCUUUUCACUGCUGGGUUUGUACACAAUACUAACUGGUGCUAUUAGGAUUCAGGAUUCAGCUGUUGUCUGUGUUGCCUCAUGGUAUCAGGCGUAUUUUAUUUGUUCCUCUGUGUUGUUGUAGAUGUUGGUUGUAUACUUGUGCAUCAAAAUGACUAAAAUUGACAUGUCCCAUGCUAUAAAGCAGUGUGUUGUGGGAAGGCAAGCUUGUGACUGGAAUACCACAAACACCAGUCUUUACUUUGAGCCCCAUGUUAAAUUGGACUCUUUAGGCACUGUCUAUGGAUACAUUUAUGAUCUGAUGCUUUCACUCUUCAGCCCCAGGGAUGCCAUCCGUUUAGCUAUAGUUUGUCUGAAACAUUGUCCCUGCAUUAAGAAGUAGUGGAUCUGGCUGUAUGGCUCACUGCCAGUUUCCUCACAAAGAAAGUCUGAGAUUGUUGGUCUCUAAUGGAUUAGGAACAAGCCUAGCGGUUAAGAGCGUUGGUCCAGUAACCAAAAGGUCGCUGGGUCGAAUCCUCGAGCCGACUAGGUAAAAAAUCUGUCUGUGCCCUUGAG